AUGACAAAGUCGGCUACUUCCAAUCAUCACCUCGACGAGCAGGAAACUCGCGGUCGCUCGGGCUACUACGACUUUCACGCACCGCCGCCGCUGACCCACGAUAAGCGCACACUGUCCUACCCGAGCACAAUUGCCUCCUCCUCCACCACCUCAUCCACAACCUCGUCCGCCUCCAAGCGCGUCGCCUCGUGGCUCAAGCCCUCAGUAAAGCCUUUGCCCAAGGUCAACGUCCACACCACGUGCGGCCGCCACACCGACCAGCUGCUCUUUGGCGGCCCGUCUCUCACAGAAAUGGCCCGCUCCGUUUUCAAGAAGAAGAACUGA